AUGCCCACACAAGCACUAGAGGGCGAGCACACUCCAGCGUUAGAGGAAAGUUUGCUCCCCAAACGUUCCCAAACUCCCCCAAACGUUCCCAAACUCCCCCAAACUUUCCCAAACUCCCUCAAACUUAAGCUCCCUCAAACUUUCCCAAACUCCCUCAAACUUAAUCUCCCCCAAACGUUCCCAAACUCCCUCAAACUUAAGCUCAACCAAACUUUCCAAACUCCCCAAAACGUUCCCAAACUCGCCCAAACGUUCCCAAACUCCCUCAAACUUAAGCUCCCCCAAACUUUCCCAAACUCCCUCAAACUUAAUCUCCCCCAAACGUUCCCAAACUCCCUCAAACUUAAGCUCAACCAAACUUUCCAAACUCCCCAAAACGUUCCCAAACUCCCCCAAACGUUCCCAAACUCCCUCAAACUUAAGCUGCCCCAAACGUUCCCAAACUUCCUCAAACUUAAGCUCCCUCAAACUUUCCAAACUCCCCCAAACGUUCCCAAACUCCACCAAACUUCCCCAAACUCCCUCAAACUAAAACAACCCCAAACUUUCCCAAACUUUCUCAAACUUAAACUCCCCCAAACUUUCCCAAACUUUCUCAAACUUAAACUCCCCCCAAACUUUCCAAACUCCCUCAAACUUAAGCUCCCCCAAACUUUCCCAAACUCCCUCAAACUUAAGCUGCCACAAACGUUCCCAAACUUCCUCAAACUUAAGCUCCCUCAAACUUUCCAAACUCCCCCAAACCUCCCCCAAACUUUCCCAAACUCCCUCAAACUAAAACUCCCCCGAACUUUCCCAAACUCCCUCAAACUAAAACUCCCCCAAAUUUUCCCAAACUCCCUCAAACUAAAACUCCCCCAAAUUUUCCCAAACUCCCUCAAACUUAAACUCCCACAAACUUUCCCAACCUCCCUCAAACUUAAACUCCCCCAAACUUUCCAAACUCCCUCAAACUUAAGCUCCUCCAAACUUUUCCAACCUCCCUCAAACUUAAACUCCCCCAAAAGUUCCCAAACUCCCCCAAUCGUUCCCAAACUCCCCCAAACGUUCCCAAACUCCCCCAAACGUUCCCAAACUCCCCCAAACGUUCCCAAACUCCCCCAAACGUUCCCAAACUUCCCAAACGUUCCCAAACUCCCCAAACGUUCCCAAACUUCCCAAACGUUCCCAAACUCCCCCAAACGUUCCCAAACUUCCCAAACGUUCCCAAACUCCCCCAAACGUUCCCAAACUUCCCAAACGUUCCCACAAACUCCCCCAAACGUUCCCAAACGUUCCCAAACUCCCCCAAACGUUCCCAAACUUCCCAAACGUUCCCAAACUCCCCCAAACGUUCCCAAACUUCCCAAACGUUCCCAAACUCCCCCAAACGUUCCCAAACUUCCCAAACGUUCCCAAACUCCCCCAAACGUUCCCAAACUCCCCCAAACGUUCUCAGACUCCCUCUAA